AUGUCAAAUUCUUCACCAUUCGGAUCAGGUUUUCCUCCUCCACCAUCACCACCAUCACCUUGGUGGUGUAAUGGUUGUCGUCGAACAAAUGCUGGUCGUCGUUACCAAUGUAAAAUCUGCAAAUGGGGCGACACUUAUGAUCUUUGUGAUCGAUGCAUUAACAAGGCUCCAGCAUUACAUCCAGGACAUUCAUUUCGUCUGGUAUAA